AUAAAGUUUUACAGUGAGGGGGAAAAAAUGGUUUCGCCUUUAGUGUGAUCUUUGAUGCCGCAUUAAUCUACAUUUCUUCAAAUUCUAUCAUGGAGUUGACGGAGGAUCAGCUGAUAAUAGCUGAGAAUGAAGUGAAAAGAUACCUUCCUCGCUCUUUGAAGGUUUACGGUUUCUUGAUUCUUAGAAAUCGGGUGAAAUCAGAGCCUGUCACGGUUUUGGUGGACAAAUGGCCAAAGUUUCACGUGAUUGUCUGCAAACCAAGUUACGAAAAGGAGAGCGAUGUGUUUAAAGAUAUUUUGAUCUUUGCAAAUGAUGCAACCAUUCUUGAGGAAACAAUAAGGAGCCCCAGUGUUUUUGAAUGGACCAGGUACCUUUGUAUUGGCACCAACCGUUCUCACAUGGAAAUUAUCAAAGCAGUUGCUUUUGAGAAGAAUGUGCCCAGCAACAAACUUUCAGAGUGUCACGUGAUGAUCCUGGAGGAUGAAUCCAGGCUUCCCUCUAUAGACUGCUCAGGGUUCUCCUCAGGGUUCUCCCUGAGCUCCCUCGAUGAAUCUCACCUUGACUUGGUAAAUCAGACCUGGAAGUUCGGGAAGCAUGAUGGGACUCUCGGAAUGAUCCGUAACAUGAUUGCCCAUUUCCCUUCGCGCUGCAUGCUGGAUCCUGAGGGGAAGCCGGUGUCUUGGAUCUUGACCUAUGCGUGUUGUGCCAUGGGGAUGUUGUAUACUCUGCCAGAGCACAGAGGGAAAGGCUACGCCAAAGCUGUGAUCAGCAGCAUGGCCAGGACUCUGAAGGCUCAGGGCUACCCCGUCUACUGCUUUGUGGAGGAGGAGAAUGCGGUCUCCUACCAGCUCUUUACAAGCAUGGGUUUCACUGAAGAUCCAUCUGACAAACAAGUCUGGUUUGGAUUCAAUAAAUUUUGAUGGUUAAAUUAAAAGCUUAGUUUUGCAGAAUGACUGGAAGAAGUCAUUUUCAACUGCUUAAGAAUCAAAUUCCUGUUUUUGCAGAGCUGCCGUUGAAUUUAUUUACUUCUUCUCUGCAGAAGUGGUUGAUCCCUGAUUGGCUCUGAAAAAGGAGAACAGUGUAAAAUGAGUGCAUAAAAAAGCAAGUUAAUGUACAGUGAACCAAAUUAAGUCUAGUUGAGCUCUACUAUCUAUCAAACGAUCAGCAAACCUAGAGAAUUUACGCUUGUUUUCAACUUUAAACAUAAAUUCCAUACCUAAAUAUUAUUGAAACAAAAAUUCUGAACACAGAAUUAUUUUAUCUAUGAUUCUGACUCCUUUAUCUCUUUUUAAAUUAGAUUUUUUCCUCAUCAGUGUAUCACAAUCUAUUCAGACUUUUACUUAAAUAUUUAGAAAAGUUAUUUAAAAUAACUAAAAUUCCUUAACGGUCUGAAUUACAAACACUGCUUAUGCAGAAAGGAAAGUUACAACCCAUCAUCUUUGGGUUAAUUCUGCUUUUGUUUGCAAAUGAAUAUAAUUAAAAAAGGUUGUUUCUGGAUGACACAGACUUCUUCCACUGGAAAAGAAAAGCUUUCCACAUUCAAAGACUUUUACAGUCUCUAAAUCUUAAAGACCCACUGAUAAUUUUUGAUCUGUUUUCAAAGUGCUCCCAGUCAUUUUUUAAUCAUGAUUAAAUAUGUUUUAAAUAUUUUUUCUUAUAAAUAAGUAUUUACAAGUUGUAUUGCAGCAGCUUUGUAUAUGAUUUUUUUCUUUGAUAAAUAAAGCUUUAUAUAUACAUUUUUACAUAUGAAAACAUAAUCUGUUAAAAAUAAAGAAUUUAGAAU